AUUUCAACAGAGUCAUACGGUAAUUUACUAUACGUUAAUCUGUGCAGUUGCAGUUCAUUUAUUCGGUAUCAAGGUCGCAGCACGUUAUCUUUAUUAUUCACUUACAAACGUUAAUUUGGAUCCAAGAAUCACAGAAAUAUUUUACAAUUACUGGAAUUCCCUGCAAGUCAAAGAAAGACGGUACUUCACCCUAUUCAUACAGUAUAUAAGCAGCUUGUACUGACGAAAUGUUAAUCAGUUCAUCGAGCUUAAUUCGACAGACAGCUUCUGUGAGAAAUCAAAAUAAAUCAUUUUUAAAAUGAAAUACGUUGUUGUGUUCAUUGGGCUGUGUUUGGCAGUAGUCAACAGCAUGCCACUUGAAGUUGCCGAAGAUGAAGACGGAGAACAGUAUUACAUGGUUCCUCUCAGCAGAACAAGAAGAUCUCCUCAAUCUCAAACUGGUGUGAGCGCGAACCAACAAGGAGUCACUCUAAGUCACGGAGGAAAUAUCUUGGACAGGAACGGACAUACCCUCGACGGGUCUGCAUAUGCAAGCAAGGGAUACCAUUCACCUGGACUCAGACCAGAUGCGUUUGGUGGACAGUUGAACUACAACCAUGAACCUUCCAGGACCUCAGGGUACCUUGGAGCAGAUCAUGUUAGAGGAUUCGGUACGGAUGCCAGAGCUGGAGUGCAACAUGAUUUUUACAGGAACAAAAAUUUCAACGUGGGAGCAGGAGUAGGAGCUGAGAGACACUACGGAGGCCCAUAUGGCAAUGGACCCACCCAACUUGGUGGAUUUAUCCGUGCUACUGGCCGUUUUUAAGUAGACAUACUGUAUUAUAUUGUGUGAUUAUUAAUUCUAAUAUUUAUUUGAACAUUAAAUUAUUCGUACUUGCAACCUAAAGGGCUUUGAUUUGUAACACCCUU